CCUAAGAUUUCCAUUUCCUCAGGUUGGUCUUCCAUACACCCGGAUACUGAUCCCCGGGCCCUGAUUGCAUUGGUAGCACGUUGCCGCCGCUAACAAGCGAGUUAGGAAGUCGAUUCCAUCUGAUCUCUACGGAGACCUGAGUGGUCAACCUCGAUCGUGUAUAUACGUAAUGGACGGCCGGUUUUCCUACGCUUGGAAUUCCUUGUUUGAUUACUCUAUCCAUCAGAUGACACGCUCGUUGACUACACUCGUUCAUAUUGACUACAUUCGCUCAAGGCCUCUUAUAAGAUGCGUUCGAGUACUUUAAAAUCUCUAGUUUUAGCAAGUCAAUGUACGAUUAGCUUCGCUUUUACGCUGCCUUCAUGGCUUAGCCAGCGCGACGUUUCACCGGACUUGACAUGUGGGAACACGGGAGCCGGAACCGAGGGUUAUACAUGCCCCGAUAAUCUAUGCUGCUCUCAGUAUGGCUAUUGCGGCAAUACAACAGAUUACUGCUCGACUGGUUGCCAAACUCAAUUCGGCAUUUGCGGUGGAUCUGGCGGCGACGGAGACGAACCCGGCGACGAUGGUGACGGAGGGGUUUCUCCUGAUCUAACAUGCGGAAUAACAGGGGCUGGAGAACAUGGAUACAUCUGCCCGACUGGCAUGUGCUGCUCUCAAUAUGGAUUCUGCGGCGAUUCGACGGAUUAUUGCGAGACUGGAUGCCAAAGUGCAUUUGGAACAUGUGCUGAUGGCAGCGGUGGGAACAAUACCGGAAGUACUACCGAUGGACGCUGCGGUCCUGACUUCGACAAUGCAGUAUGCAAGGAGACAGAAUGUUGCUCUGCUUCUGGAUACUGUGGCACCACUACAGACCACUGCCGCGCACCGGACUGUUUAUUUGACUUCGGGCCGGCUUGUGAUGCAAAUAAGACCCCUGCAGGUAUCAAUACGUCGACAUUAAGUCGUUCACCCUUAGGAAGCGUGGUGAUAGGUGGUACAGGUAUCUAUGACUGCGAAAACGAGGGUGAGGUUGCUCUUACCUUCGACGAUGGUCCUGACGAGUAUACAUCCGAGCUCCUAGAUCUUUUGGAGAAGUACGACGCCAAAGCCACGUUCUUUAUCACUGGUAUCAACAAUGGCAAGGGUGAAAUCGAUAAUACUAGUCUUGCAUGGCCUUCUGUGAUCCAACGCAUGUACUCCGAUGGGCACCAGAUCGCUUCUCACACCUGGUCCCAUGCUGAUCUCAGCGCGAUCACAUCAUCCCGGAGAAAGGACGAGAUGAUCAAGAAUGAGAUGGCUCUCCGUAAUAUUCUCGGCUUUAUCCCGACAUACAUGCGACCCCCUUACAGCUCUUGCACGGAACCAAGCGGCUGUCAAGAUGACUUGGCAUCAUUGGAGUAUCAUGUCGUAUACUUCGACUUAGACACCGCUGACUAUCUUAACGACUCACCCGAUUUGAUUCAGAACUCUAAGGAUAAUUUCGAUGAAUAUUUCGAGGACAAGUCGCCGGUGACGGACGAUGCUCUAGUUAUUUCGCAUGAUAUCCAUGAGCAGACUGUCCAUAAUCUGACUGAAUACAUGCUCAAGGGUAUCCAGAGCCGCGGUUACAGGUCUGUUACUGUUGGCGAAUGCCUUGGUGAUCCAGCCAGCAACUGGUAUAGACAGGCUGCGUAGAAGAUGAUAUCUUCUGCCUUCUCUUUAAGACUAAUAUGAAGCACUGGAACAUUUCCAUGGGUCUUUAAUGAGAGAUUACAGCUACAGUGAAGUUGAGAUGAAUUAGGGGUACAUAUUCUUUGCUAUCCAAGGUUGAUCAACCUGUCUAAUUAGAAAAAUAAAACGAAAUACCUUAUGAAGGACAACGCGAAAUUACGUCCAUGUAGUGUUCUGUCAUAUCCAGGG